AUGCUGACGCUGCUUCUCCUCUCUUUCCUCUGUGCGGGAGCAUCUGAUGGUUCGGCCCUGGCACGGGCCUCCUCUUACUCUGAAGAAUUUGGAGGCAGCACCGGGAGCCAUUUUGACCAAUCGGAUCAUGAACCGGAGGGUCCUAUUACAGGCCUGAGGAUAAGGGCUAACGACAGAUAUAUUGUAAGCAUCCAGGUUUGCUACGGAGACUCAUGGUCCCGCACUGAAGGGGGUGCGGUGGGCAGCCCGUCCAGUGUGCAGCUGCUCCUCGGAGAAGGGAUCGUGAGGGUCUUGGGCCGUUUUGGGAGCCACGUGGAGUACCUCGCCUUCCGCACCAACCAAGGCCGCAUCUUUGCCUUUGGACCCGGCUUCGGCCCAGGGACGUUCUUUAACGCAGAACCUUCCUUCCCAAACACGGUUCUGCGCUCCAUCAGCGGCCGUUCCGAGUCUCUGGUUGAUGCCAUCGGGUUCCACUGGGACACUGAACAGUGA